AUGCCUCGGAUUCCCACUACAACAAUUCUGCAGGCAUACCGUCAACAUCCUCUUCUCCCUCGCCUGUUACAAGAAUGCCGCACGUUAGAUUCUGCAAGAAACGAACUGCGAUGGCUCCGUGAGCGAGCCAGCAGUAUUGCCAGCAAGAGUACUGGGAGAUCCACCAUUGGAUGGAGGACCCUCCUACGGUCUAUGUGCAGAGCGCGCUCAAAAGGAGUGCCCCUGCAAUACAUCCUAGGAGAUCAACCUUUCGGAGACUUAGAGAUCCUCUGUCGAAGAGGAGUAUUGAUUCCCAGGCCGGAGACAGAGGCGUAUACUGUCCAUACGGCAGAUUUGAUACGGUCCUAUCUCCGAAGCUGUGAACGGCGUGGGGAAGCGAAAGAUGACAGCCUGCGUAUUGUAGACAUUUGCAGCGGCACUGGAUGCAUAUCACUCUUGCUGCAUGCGCUUCUAGCUUCUCAUCUGAAAAAGCUGUCCGUUCUUGGGAUUGAUAUCAGCACCACGGCUCUUGAUCUAGCCCAUCGGAAUCUGCAGCACAACCUUAGACUAGGUCUAUUGUCUAGUCGUGCAGCGGAGGAAGUCUCUUUUCAUCGCGGCGACGUGCUUGAUUCUAACGGCAGCGGUAUUCCCAGUGUGAAACAAGUCUUGCUUGACCAACCAGACUUCUCUUCCCAUGGAACCGCUCAGUGUGACAUCCUGAUCUCGAACCCUCCAUAUAUAUCUAUGGAAUGUUUUCGCAAUGGCACCACCGCCCGUAGUGUACGACACUUUGAACCCCAGCUGGCAUUGGUGCCACCUACUCGACAUACAUCUACCAUGACUGGCGUUAGCAACCCAGAAGAUGUCUUCUACCAUCGCAUCAUAUCGCUCUUCUUCGAGCUGCAGGCGAAGCUUCUAGUGCUUGAGUGUGGAGAUCGCCCGCAGGCCAGGCGUGUAGUCAGUGCUUACACAGCGCUAGCAAAUCAGUUGGUGCCAAACGAUGGCAUGUCGGUCGAAAUCUGGCCAAAGGAUGAAUUGGCUGCAGAUAAUGAUUGUCCUGAUGUGGAUAAUGAAGCAUGCGCUGUUAUCAUACAACCAAAAAAUGGAAACCCAUGAAAUUGGCGCCGCAAUUGACAUUCUCCGGUGAGAAUCAGAAAACACAACCGAGACUUUCCAGGAGCCAUAUCGGACUGGGUCAAUGUUCGCUCGUCAAGCCCUCGAGCAGAUGGUGGUUGCAUGACGGUUUUGGAGAAAGUGUCCGACAGUACUCCAAAACAUGGCGUCCUCCUCACCGGCACCUUGAAAGAAGUAGGGAAGUGGAAGUUCAAAGGC